AUGUCCAGCAAUAUCUACACAGCGCUUAUGGAAGCCGCUCGAAAGGGCGACAUGAUCGCCUUGCGUCAAAAUUUAAGACAGCAGGCCAGGUUGAAGGACAACUUGGGCGUUACUGCGCUGAUGUAUGCAGCACAGGCGGGACGCUAUGAAGCCGUUUCGCUCUUAGCUGAGUAUGAGGCUGGGAUGCAAGAUUGGCGUGGGAAGACUGCUCUUAUAACUGCUAUUCAGAACGGGCACGCAGAGGUUGCCCGCAUUCUGGUUCCCUACGAAACCGGACUGCGCGAUACGGAUGGCGCAACUGCUCUCAUGAGCGCCGCCAGUAUGGGGUUCAGUAGUCUCAUUCAGGAGCUCCUGGAGAAAGAGGUAAAAUGCGUAGACGACAACGGAAAGACGGCCCUCAUGUAUGCCGCUGAAUCAAACCAGGUUGAUGCCGUCAGGAUCCUUCUCAAGCACGAAGCAGGGAUUCGGGACUCUAGUGGUCAGACCGCAAUGAUGUACGCUACCGUCAGCGGCAAUAUAUCAGUCAUUGAGCUUCUUUUGGGCUAUGAAGCAGGGGUCUGCAAGGACAACGGCUGGUCCUGCCUUAUGACCGCGGCUAAGUUGGGCAAUUUUGAAGCUGCCGAGCUUCUGGCUCCAAAGGAGGCUUGCUUAGCAAAGCAGAACGGCAUGACAGCACUUAUGGUUGCCGCACAAUUCGACCACGAAGACAUAGUGCGUCUCUUAAUGGCUGCAGAGGGAAAUAUGGUUCGGAAAGACGGCCUGUCAGCAAGAAACAUUGCUUCUCAGUUUGGAAACCACGACGUUGCAGAUCUUCUCGCCAACUCCACCCACCUUUUUCUCCCGCCAAAUCCCUCUGUUUCAGCAAAGUCUUCCAGAAACGCUAACGGGCCCAGACCAGAAAAUGAUCCAAGCAAGGCCUUUACCUCCUCGACCCUCAUGCCUCCUCAGCGGCAUCAGUAUCCCCAUGCUCCGACAACACCAACUACCAGGGGCGUGACUAAGCGGGAAGGCCAUCAAGGACCCGGUGGAUAUAGCACGCCUGCAUUAAUAGAAAGCAACCAUAAUAACAGCAGUCAUCCCGAUGGCAACAAUUCAAAGCUUGUAGAAAGCUACAUUCUCUCUGAGGCCUCGCAGUUUGAUAACAUUACUUUGAACGCAACGCUAAUGGAUUCGGUUCACUCGGGCCACUCUGCUUCCAAUAAUUCUAAAAUACUAAAACUUAUAACAGAAAUAGAUUGUAAAGAUUGCGAGAUCGACGCAUUAAAAAAGCAGGUAACGCAGCUCCAAAACCAAUUGUCCCACAAAGCAGACGGACUAGUGGAUAUAAAAGCUGACUAUGUUUCUCAGGCUAGGCAGCUUCAGAAGAUGGCCGAGUACAUGCUCGAAUUUGCCAACGAAAUUGAGCCUGGCAUUAAUUAUAUGAACUCGGCUACUACGCAGAAGUCUGAUGCACUGAAAUAG